AUGGACAUCGAAGACUCGCAGACUUGGAAGAGUGUAGGGAGAAGCGAUUUUGAUAUCUAUGUCCAAGGUGAGCCUAAGGUGCAGAACUUUGACAUAAAGAAAGCAGCUGGAGGGAAAUCUUACAUUGCGGUCGAGAAGCAAUAUAUUGUUCCUGUCACUAGAAACUUCCUUGAGAUUCAUCUCUUCUGGGCUGGCAAGGGCACUUGUUGCAUACCUACUAGAGGCUACUACGGGCCUAUGAUCUCUGCUUUGAGUGCAACUCCAAGUUUCAAACCUAUAUCACAUAAAGCGACACAGACAAAGCGUCUAGGUGUAACUGUUGGAGUUGUGGUUGGGGCAACAACUUUAGAACUAGUAGUGCUUUCUGGACUCUACAUCUGGAGGCAGAAAACAAGAAAACCAUCAUCGAAGAAACAUGAGCUAUACAGAAUUGCUGGAAGAUCUAGUAUAUUCAAUUACAGCUAUGGAGAACUAAGGAUGGCUAGUGAUAAUUUUAAUCCCACUAACCUUCUUGGUGAAGGAGGAUAUGGAUCAGUUUAUAAGGCUAAACUGACCGAUGGGAGCAUGGUGGCAGUAAAACAACUAUCUGAAACAUCUCGUCAAGGGAAGACGCAAUUCAUAGCUGAAAUAGAAACUAUUUCACAAGUGCAACACCGAAGUGGGAGAUUGAACCUAGAUUGGACAACACUCUUCGAGAUAUGUUUAGGCAUUGCAAGAGGUCUAGCUUAUCUACAUGAAGAGUCUAGCAUUCGUGUUGUGCAUAGGGACAUAAAGGCCAAUAAUGUAUUACUUGACUCCAAUCUAAACCCUAAGAUCUCAUAUUUUGGGCUCGCCAGACUUUAUGAUGAUAAGAAGACACAUGUUAGCACAAAAGUUGCUGGUACUUUUGGUUAUCUUGCACCUGAGUACGCCAUGAGAGGUCAUAUGACUGAGAAAGUUGAUGUGUUUGCUUUUGGUGUCGUCAUAUUGGAAACGAUAGCUGGAAAGCCAAACUAUGAUGACAGGCUUGACGAAGACAUGGCUUAUCUUUUAGAAUGGGUAAGGACACUAUAA